AUGAGAUCUUCCCUCAACGUAGCCUUUGCCGCAGCAGCGGCCGCCACCCUCACAACCGCAGCACCCAACCCAGACCUCUCCUUCCGAGCAGGCACAAUCCCCCAAGCCCUGCCCGACUGCUCAAACACAUCAGUCAACCCCAUCACGGCAGGCGAACUCCUCCAAGCCACCUUCGGCUGCCUCAGCAUCCAACCCACCGGCACGAAUUUCACCCGCAACGACAUCGUGAACGCCGGUGGCAACAAUGCGACCUGUAAACCGCAUACUCUACUCUUCGCUCGCGGGACAACCGAGGAUGCGAAUCUCGGCAACGUCCUCGGGCCACCAUUGAUUACGGCGUUGGAGGCGGUGUUCCUGGGCAGUGAUCUACUCGCUGUGCAGGGCGUUAACAACUAUCCUGCCAUCCCCAUAGAGUAUUGUGAGGGUGGAAGUCUGACAGGGAGUCAGAACCUUGCGUCCGUAAGUCUAGACACCUCGAACCAACCACCCUGCUCUAGAAGUACUCAUCAUCAGCAACAACUAAUAAACACACGCGAACAGCUCAUCCACCAAACCCACGCCCUCUGCCCCUCAACCAAACUCAUCGUCUCAGGCUACAGCCAAGGCGCGCAAGUCGUGCACAACGCCGCCCAGAUCCUCAGCGCCUCGGACACGGCUUUCAUCUCCUCGGUCCUGCUGUUCGGAGAUCCUAACAAUGGGUAUCCGGUUGGGAGCGUGCCGGCGAAGAAGGUGUAUGUCGAUUGUCAUGUUGGAGAUGAUAUCUGUGCGCAUGGCGAUCAGAUUUAUGAGCCGCAUUUGAGCUAUUGUAAGGAUGUUGGGUUAGCGGCGGCUUUUGCGCUUGCCAGGUCGUUGGUUUGA